GGCUGAACAGAACAUGCAUUUGACAGUGUUGUCAGAGCCUGUCGCUAUCACAACCGUAUGUCCUCACCUGAAUGUUUUCCCAACUGUGAGUCGCACAGUUCCAUCGUCGUGAAUGUUUUUGGUAGAAAGUGCGAGUUUUCGUGUUUUUUCGUAUGUUUCACCAGAAAAGUGCACUGUGAUUGAUGUGUAGUCAUAGAAUCCAACACGAUCUAUUGCGGGCACUGGUGGUCGAUACAGAAAAUGUUUCUAAAUUUCGCGCCAACAGUCGUAGCAAUUCAUUGUUUAUCUCGUUGCGUUGUUGCGAUCGGACGUAGUGUGUGAAUGAUUGAACAGUUGCAUAUUGUAUGGACAGCAAUUUAGAAAACUCCGUGCAAAGUUUCAACCGCGUAAUCUGCUAGACAAAAGAAGUGAAAAAAACCUGCACGCAAUUGCAUUUGAGUGAGUGUGAGCAAUACAACGUAAGCAAAGCGCAUCGACGGUGGCAAAUGUUGGAGAGAAAACGCUGCAAAAAGUGAAGUUUCGUGACAUAAACUCACAGCGAUUGCUCUGAUUCGUCUUCAAUUUAGCGUUUUUUCGGUUGUUUUGCUGCGAUUUUUGGUGAUAAUGGAUAGCACAGAACAAGCAGGAAAGUGUGUGAAGUAAUACUAAACGUGUCCAGUGUUUACAAGUACAGUGCUCUAGUGAACAUCUGAUUUGCAAUAAUUACCAACACACAUAGAAUGUUAGUGAAAAAAUAGCUGAAGGGGCUGGAAUGUGAAAAUAUAUUCCGUCGAAAAAAAAAACCGUCAGUAUGUUUAAUUAACCCAUGCACGUCCAUAGUGAUUUUUGUCAGGAUUAGUGCUUCCAGUGGACCGUCGAACAGAAACCACCAAUAAAUCGUGAAUAUUUAUCGUACACUGAGCACAGGUUCGUGACAUGGUUCCUGCCCCGCUGCAGCAGAAUAGCGUGGAGUGUGGAGCAUAAGCGUAAUGGUUCCAACGGCUCAUAAAUGUCGCUGAUUAGGGGUUCUUAAAAAUAAUAACCCCAUUGCAGGUGAAACUAGUUGCCGAAUAGCUGCAAUCAUUACUAAAAAGUACAAAUGUCUGCCAUCCGUCAAUGUGACGAUUGCCGUUACUAUCGCUACUGCCGCCGUCAUCCAAAUGGCCAAAGCCAGCUUUCCAUAGUAUUGUAGCACACAUUCCAAACAGCACAAUUUAUGAAAUCGAGUCCAUCGAUCAUCAUCAGACCGGUUGAAUUUAUCUCUACCCAUCCGGGAAUAGUAAGUGAAAGAUUUGUUUAAGUUGACUGUUAGAAAAUACAGAAGAUGGUCCUCGAAACUGCACGGACUAGUGACGGCUCGUCGGUAGCAGAUGCUUUGCGCGGUUCUUCGAAUAGUGGUGCUGGAGGUCCGGUGUUAGUGAGGCCAACCUCACUACAACCUCCUGAAAAAGAGCCAGUAAGCUUUCAGAUUAAUCUGAUUGGCGCCCCACCAGAAGUAGAACAACUGAUCGAACACAUUAAAUCCGUUGCUGAACAAUUUCUGUACCACUGGAAAACUUUUCCUAUCAAUUUACCUACACCACUAGCGAACAGUCCCGGUGGAGGUGUCGGAAAUGGUGGAGGAACAGCUGCCACAGGAGGUGGAGGAGGACAGAGUGUUACCUCACUUUCGGUUGCCGGAAGUGGCGGUGGAAGCAAUGCCAAUAUACACAGCAAUGUCGUUACAAGCGGAAAUCGAAAGACUCGCCCAAUCAAUCUGCGCGAUUUAUUUAUUGCGCCGCCAUUCGACGAGCUGGAUGCAGUUGCUGCUGAUGGUUCCGGGGAGCCACGGUUGCUUACCAAUGCUCAGCUACGUUCAUUGCGUGAACGAGGAGAAUUUGAGGUACCAAGUUUGAAUUUUCCGGGACAGGUUCAUCGAUGGCAAUUGUCACAGUUUUUGCAGAAAGGUUCCGAGCGAACACGGGAUUCGCUGCUGAGCGAUCUGGCAUUAUCCGCUCGCUUUAUCGUCAUCACUGCCAAGGAACGCCUGACCGGUCAUUUCUUUUCAUUUGCCCAUGCUUUUCGAGCAUUGCUGCAGGGGUUCAUCAAACUAGUGGAUAUGAUUGUCGGAGUUCCCUCGUUGCUAGCGCAUAAUUUAGAUAACAAAAUUAAAGAAGAGCGUUGUCGGUUUUUGGUAGCUGAACUAGUUUGUAGGAGUGAGUACGAAGACUGCCUAGAUUCGUUGUGUAGAUAUGUGCGCCACCAGCUCCGACGAGCCACCAUGGAAAAGUUUGAUGUGAACUGCAACCAAGCGCAACCGAUCCCUUACCUAUACGUAACCCCCAAAGGGCAAGACAUCGAUUUGCGGCUCUUUUCCAAGGAUACCAUGCGCCGAGCAUUACCAAUACUUGUCGGCAUCCUAGAGAAGGAAACACGUGGCUGGUUUCUACAUUUUCGUGAACGGUUAAUUGCGGAACUGCGUGAACGAAAGAUGACCGAUGCCGAAAUUGAGGAGGAAGUAAAUGACGCCGUUAUGAAGGAAUACCUGCAACGUGUCUACACGUCCAUUCUUUCGAAUGUCGAACUUACCGAAUUGGGCGAAAACAUACCGCAGCUGCUUGUGCAGCAGGCUCAAUCGGUGGUCAUAAUGCACAAAGCGGUGGAUAAAAUACAAAAGGAACUAAAGAAAUCUCGCGAAGAAAUGGAACAAACGCUACAAGAGCAACACCCCGUAUUAUCGCGUGUGUAUCCCUGGCUGCGGGCAAAAUUAAAUGCCGGUGAGCAGGCCAAGCUAUCGAAAAUCACCUGGGGUGCCCACGAGGAAGCAUUGCGUGCAGCACAGAGGCUCAAUCUGCAUCAGACGGUGUAUUUUCUGAACCGUGAUCUAGCGUUCAUGAAGGAGCGUGAGCCAGUGUUGUUGAAGGAACUGAAAAAUGCUAAAACACCGACGCGAAACUUUCAGUGGGCGUGUCGUAUCUGGUCUCCCAAGUCAUGGAUUAUACGUCGCAGCUUCCAAGGACACUCGGAAGUGGUACCAACCGUUAUCUGCCAGCAGGCCACUUCGAUUGUCACGCCACGAUCCGACCCGAGUCAGCCUGUGUUUUUGGUCGAGAAGGAGUUGAUACGCUCGACUAGUACUCGUUGGCCGAUGUGGCGCCUGCUGAACUUAUUUCAACGCACCUGGACCUGGACAUGGAAUAUUAUGUUCUUGCUCGGUGUCAUUGUGCCGUGGUGCAGUCCACUUGGCUUGCGUGCCCUGUUCUGCAAAAAACCGUUCAUGGCCGAUCUGGAGUUGUCGCAAGUGAACGGUACACUGUUUCCGCGCAAAACCAGUAUCACACAGACGAUGUUUUCGCGCCUGAUGGAACUAUGGCGUCACAUUUCGAAGGCAAGGACUCAUUUUGAAACCGAGCCUGACACGGGUUUCAUCGGAAAGGGCAUGACGCGCCAUUUGAAUCGAUUGUACAACUACUUCAUAAAGGGCUUUCUCGGUACGUUGGUGAUAUUGGUACUGUUUCCACUGCUAUGCUUCGCCGUUAGCGCUUCCAGUCUUGCUUUAGCCAUCACGGCACCGCUCUGGAUGCCGUUCAUCACAGUUACACUGCAUCUGUACAUGAUGCUGAUCUACGAUUUAGACUGUCCCGACGAGAGUCGGCGCAAUCGAUACUGUAUUUUCCUCGAGGCGGUUGGAUGGAAUAUAGGCAUUCAGGGAUUACUGCAACCAUUGGCAGCCGUGUUGGUAGCAUCCAUAAUUUGUCCGUUAAUAGCGGUGUUGGUAUUCUUCGUCGGAAUAGUGCGGUACUGGGUGCGACUUUUUUGGGAUGCGGCUACAUUUCAUUUGUUCAUCAAAAAGUGUGGACGAGUGCCGGCUAGUGACAGCUUUGCAGUUCGUCGGAUAGCAGGGCCCGGUUUGGCGUUGGAUUAUUACUUUUCGAUCAAACCAGAGCAAGCACUCGCUGCAUUUGAAGCCAAGAUGGAGCUGGAUGAGCUGCAGGCAUAUCAACAUUCUAUGGAGACUAUAAUUUGUCAGCCGCAGAAGGACUUUAGCCAAUUUGUUGAAGCAUGCUUUGGACCGUUCUCAGCACAGUUGUCGAAAAGCGUUGGUCCAUAUCGUCAGCUGGAGCGCGAAGGUCAAGACCUGAUGACAUCACUGCACGAAAAGCUAGAAAAAAGGCGACGUGACCUACAGACCGGACUAACGACUGCGGUGAAAUCACGCAUCAAGCUCAACACAAUGGAGCUGAAGAUCGUAAUUCAACAGUCAGCGUAUAUGCUCGAAAAAUUCUACCCUUCGCAUGUGAUUGCCCGGCUAUCGAUCAGUGAGGAGGAGUUCUGGGAUGCAAAGGGUCUUUCAGUGGGUGAUUGGGCUGGGCUGGCCGGUAUGCUGUACGCUGACAUUUUCAGCCUAGACUUCCUGACUCCACUGUCCGACACCGAUACGCAGUUCAAACUAGAACCACAUGCACAGCUAGAUUUGAAUCGCUACAAUGAGAUGGUACAAAACACUAGCGACAUCAUGGGAAUUAACGGGCCAGAUUUGCUGGGCAACGUCUAUGCACCGCGUGGUAACAUUCAGGUUCAUUCGCCAUACUUGGAGGUGUCCGCGUUCAAUCCACGUUCACGUGUAAUGAUCAAUUCACGACGAGCGGAGAAACGCAACGACACAACGUCUUCCGGCUUGACAACGCCACGGGUGCGGGCACGUCGUUCACCAAUGCCAUCGCCGAAACAGAAAACUCAAAGCUGGAAACCGUGGAAACGAAAACAGCAACCCAAACAUGCCGCUGACAAGAUGCUGAUUCCGCUACCCAUCCCGCACCCGGUGCAUAUUGCCAUAUCAAUCUAUAAUCGUGACUCGGACCAACCGAUCCCGAUUGAAUCAGAACUCUGUUGGGAGAUAUUGCGUUCGAUCGAGGAAUGUCAAGGUGACCAGGAGGCAAUUGUGCGUUUCCGGGAGCUGGGCGAUCGUAUCGAUGGUCACCAUCAUCAUCAUUCGCAUCCUAACCGGUCAGUAGGUAUCAGUGUUGACGGACUAGCCGCCAUCGACAGCAGUAUUGAUUCGCUCGACUCACAAAACUCGUCAAACUCGGGGACCAAGGACAGUAUGGAUAUGAUAGCGGGUGCGACGGAAACGCUACCGUGCACUAACCGCGAAGUAACGAUCAUGAUGCCCUCACAAGUUCUCGGUGUGGAUGAUGAAGACGACGUUGCGAUCGAUGGCAAUGGUCGUGGGCGUGAUGAUGUUGGUAUCGACAUAAAUCAACACGGUACCACCACCAAUACGACCGUGAUCGUUAUGCCAUCGGCAAAUGGUUCCGGUAGCGUGACGACAACAACGGUAGCGACAGUCGGUGGAGGUGCAGGUGGUGCUAUAACACCGUCGUCUAAUACAACGGCACCGACACAUUUCCAUUGGACUCUUCGUAAUUGGGGCGGUGGAAAUGGGCAGUCAGGGGCGCAGGGUAACCGUCGUAGAAAUACUAGCUACACGUACAGUAGCACUACCACUACCAGUGGAGGAGGGGGCCAGUUAAAUAGUGGCAGCGCCACAAAUUCGGCCAACGAUAGCCAACUGGAUCAGAUCCGUGUCGAUCUGGCCAGUCCUGAGGAUAUUUCGCUCGAUACCGAUAGCUCUCGGGCGAUGUUCACUGCUGCUUAUGGUACAUCCGUUUAAAAAAGCAUUAUCCACUACAAGGUAGGAAAAGGACUAAUGAACGUGUAAUAGAUUUGAUGAAUUUCUUGUAUUUCCUACCUGAAGCAAAGGAAAGCAAGAACCAUGUAUAGCGGGGGAAACGAAAUGGAGCAAUAACAACAAAUUAAUUAUUGUUGCACAAACUCCUUCCCCUUUUCUUAUUACUUCGAAAUAAGAAUUUAGGGCACCCAACGUAAAUUAAUUGUUAUUUACAAUGUUUUCGUUUUAUUUACAUCACCUUCACCUUAAAAGCUCUCUAACGCAUACUAAUUGGUCCUGUAUGCUGUACCAUAGAAUUACCCCCAGUGUUGAUGCAGGUGUACUGUAGUAGAUGAUUUUCUCUCAAUUCAACCUUUAAGUGUAUCUAGUCGCAUUAAUUUACGUUCGUUUGCUUUUGUUACGUUGUGAUUUGUUUUGCCUCAGUUGAUGUUAUUCAUCUGAUCCGUGUUUUUUAGUUUCUUAAUGAGUGUCUUUUUUCUGAGUGUAAUUUUUUUAUUUGACGUUGGCAGAACGUCCUUCAAAUUUUCCUUACCCGAUACAGUACGGUUGUUAUUAAAUCGUACUUAUGAACGGCUCGAAUCAUAAUGAUAGAAGCUAUCCCAAAUAUUGUAUCAUUUAAAGAUUAAUCGACAGAUUCGAAGAAUCGAUUCCUUCACGCCCCGGUUGCUUAUGUCACUAACGCGUAGAAAGCUCUAGUAGCUGCAGUCCGACUGCUUCCAGUUGCAUAAUUGGAUAAACACACAAACAUUUGACUACAAUUAAAAUAGUACGGCAUUUGUUCAAUGCGGUUCUUAAGCAACUUAACGAAAAUAAGCCACAUACCGAAGGUGAAACGCAAGGAAAGGGUAGAGAUUUAGAUUAUGGGAUAUAUUUUUGCACUAUUUUUCGCUCUUCCCUUCUCUUUCGCCUCCGCUUUCUAAUGUUAAUCGUACAUAUAUACCAAAUUAAAAUACUUACUACCCGGUAGGAACUAAUCAGUAACGUAUUGUUGUUAUAGGACAUGGAAAGCAUUCAGAGUAAAAUUUUAUAUAUAUAUAUAAUUAAAAGCAUGUCCGCUCAAUCGAUAAAACAGGAAAAUUAGUAUGAUUUGAAACAUUCACUAAUACUUGCCAAGAAAUGGAAACAACAAUAAGUGAGUUAAACAUUAGUAAAACGUGAAACCAAAUUGUCAACUAAGAUAGUAGCCGCAGUUCAGAGAUGUUGCAUUUAAACUUUGUAGUCCGUAUUACAUUCAUGCGCUGAGCUCUCUAAUUUGAAUAAUUCCAUUUUUAACAGCUAAAUUUGGCUGUCAAUUCUACAUUAAGCUAUGUUUUACAUAUUACAGGGUAAACGAAAGGCACAAUAGUAAAAAAUACAUAACAUUGAUAUUAGAGUGCGGAAAGACAUACUCCGACCAAAAACAUCUUUUCCAAAUUAUUUUGCUUUCUCAUGAUCUUAUCUGUACACACAAACAUAAAUGCAGUAAUUUUCAUGAAUCUUUAAUUAAUUACUUUUUUACUAAUUGUCUGCAAAAGAAUUCGUUCAUUGCGAAUUUAGCCAAACGCCCUUUGUCUCGUAUACACAUAUUCAUUACGUUUUUAAAAAUCUAUUUUCUUUUAUUUAAUAUUUAAUUAAUAUUCCAAACGCUGUGAUAUUCAGCUCGAAGAUCUUUGGUUCAUUCCAAAAGCAAACACAGCAUCAAUCUUGCUUAAACUUUUACCUAAUCUCUCUUUACUGUCGAAAUUUCUGUUGGGUUUGUAACGCAGUACCACUUAUGCACAUUUUGCUAAGUCACCACUUGUACACUAUAUUACUAAGUGACUUUCAAAGGUACUCGAGAAUUCCGAAAUAUUAAUCGUAUUUAUGAAAAUUUCAAACAAACCAAAGAAAACUGUUAACUUUGAAAUUUUAAUUUGUACCUCUAUUUGUCUAUUCUUUUGUGCAGCUAUUUUUGUUGAAUGUUAGGUAAUGUAGCGCUAUGUGCAUAUUACCUAACGUACACAUCUUGCGAAUUUUAAAGAAAAUAUCGAACAAAUCUUUUAAUGCUCUCUCUUACUUUGUCUAUUCCGAUACUUAUUGUUUGUGAAUAAGUGUUAAAUAAUCGCUUCCUAAAUUAUUCCAUCAGUUUAUUUUUACGUUAACCGAAGCACCAGGCGCCAAUAAUCCUUUUAUUGUUGUGUAAUUUUAACCACAUAUGUUUAGCUUUUAUAUUUUAUUUACCCGAUCUAAGUCGAUCAAACGUCUCAAAUCUUCUAUUCACUGUAUAUAAGCAUUCAUCCAUGCUUUACGUGUCUGCGAAUAGUAUCCGGUCGAAACUUUAACAAUAUGCUGAAGCCCUCUCGCCCAUGUUAAAUUAAUUUUCUGAGAUGGCUAGUGGAUCGCAUAGAUCGUUAUGGUUAAAAACAGAAACAAAAUUAAAGAGAAUCGAAUUUGGCUUUCAACUAGGUUCAUUCAUUUCGAUGAAAUAAUUAAUAAGAGAUCACAGUACAGUGUGAUCAAUCGGAAUAUGUAGUAGCACCAAAAGGAAUAGUGAACGGACCGAGGAGGACAUUAGUAGUGAAUCGAUAUUUUGAAAGGGAACGAAAAUGCACAGUACGUGUGAUAUCAAUUCAUUCGUGCUAUUACAAUCAAGGACCUGUUCCACAGUGAAAUAGGAAAAAAAUUAACCAGAAAAUUAGUAAGAGGAUGAACGAGCAUAACUACCAUAAAUAUAAUGAAAUUAUUGAAAAAGCA